ACAUUUACAGCGCAACAUAAACAGAUCAGUGAAUAAUCCACCCUAGUUUACCUAAAUAGAAUCUUAACUCUAGUACCUAUCAUAAGUCGCUCGCUUCCGUCCAACGAUGGCGCAUUUCCUAUUGUUUUUCAUCUUGACACUCUUUUGUGUUUCGAAAGCACAAUCUGAUGAUUUGAAUCGACGCGUUGAAUUCCUUAAAUGUUUCCUUAAACGUGAAGGGAGGUCAUCGACUAUUGUCUCGCAUAUGCAACUGAGUAAAAAAGAACAUGUGCAAAUGUGCAAAAUGCUAGCCGCUGAUCACAAACAAUUAAAAAUAGCCCCUAAAAUUCAACACACGCUAUCUAAGGAAACUGAUGAUGUCGUUCACUUGGUCGACUUACACAGUGAAUCUGCGCGGGACCUAUUGUACAAGGCAAUCAAGGAUGAAUUGAUCAAGAGUCCCAGUCGAUGGCUACUGUUUACCAAUAAUCGCGAUAAUGAUCAAAGCUCCUUACCGAAUGAUCACUAUAAUGAUACAAACUUCAUAGCAAAUAAUGAUUACAUUGAUGAGAAACGAGCCAUUGAAAAUCAGUUCGCUAACCUGUAUAUUGAUAUAAGCACGGAGGUCUAUGUUGCAUUUCAACGAAGUAACUGCGUACUUUUAUAUUCAGUGUAUAAAAUUAAAGCCCACCUCCCUUUGAUAUGGGAAGACCUCGGCGUGUGGACGCCGGCCGGCUUCGACUGGCCGCAGCCGGCGCCAGCGGCGGUGCGGCGGCGCGACCUGCGCGGCGCGGACGUCGUCGUACCAACCGUCUUACUGCACAACCGAACUUUGGAAGACAUGCCCGACUAUCUGCAUCGGGAACGGGACACAAUCACAAAAUUAGCAUACUAUAUGUGCACGCACCUCGUAGAGUGGGUAAAUGGAACCAAGGUACUGAAUCGAACUACCUCAUGGGGCUACCUUCAACCAGAUGGUCAGUGGGAUGGAAUCGUUCGUGAAAUGCAAGAUGGACGUGCUGAUAUAGCAGGUUCCUGUAUGAUAGCACAAAGAGAACGUAUAAAAUACUUGAACUACGUCCUGACCCCUUCGAAGAUUGAAGCUAUGUUUGUGUUCAAGAAACCGGCGCUUGCAUCGGUGACUAACAUCUACGUUCUACCUUUUGGCGUUGGUGUUUGGAUUUCAAUUGUAGUUCUGAUUAUUAUAUCAACCUUUACUUUAUUUUUAUCCUAUUUUGGAGAGGAUCGUAUGAAGAAUUACGAUAACAAGUCAUGGUUUCAAAAAAUGUCCGAUGGAUUUUUUGAUACGCUGUGUUUAGUAUUUCAACAAGGAACUGCAACUGAUCCGCUUUCGAUAGCCAGCCGGCAGAUCCUAUUGUUGGGACUGAUGGCGUUCAUGUUCCUGUACACGGCGUACUCCGCCAACGUGGUGGCGUUGCUGCAGUCGCCCACCAACGACAUCAACAGCGUUGAAACCUUGUUGACAUCUCCUGUGGCGUGCGGCUCGCAGGAUGUUGUGUAUGCGUGGCAGAUGUUCGGGCACGAGUCACGCCCAAUUCAUCGUCUUCUGGCAGAUCGUAAAAUUAAUUCGCAGGGGAAAAAAGGUUUCCUUAGUGUUGAAGACGGCAUACGCAAGAUUAGAGAGGGCAUGUUCGCGUUCCACGUGGAACAGACGGCAGGUUUCGACCAAAUCCAGAAGACGUUCCUAGAGGACGAGAAGUGCAACCUUGGCUUCAUCAAAUACAUGUCCACCACGUCACCCUUCGUGGCUUUCUCGCAGAUCACGCCUAUCAAGGAGAUGCUAAGGAUCGGUGCUAACCGCAUUAUGGAAGUGGGAGUGCAGAGCCGCUCGGCGCGGCGACUAGUUCCAGAGCGGCCCCGCUGUGGCGCUAGUGCUGCCAUGUUCAACGCCGUACGACUGAGCGACGUCGCGCCCGCCUUCCGCGUCCUGCUGACAUUUUAUGCAUUGACGCUGCCGAUACUUGGCCUGGAGAUAUUGGUUAAGCGACGAGAAAUAAAAAGAGUAAACUGUGACUCUAAAUCCGUGGACACCGCAACCGAGGAAAUCACUGAAAACAUAAUUAUCUAAGAUAUCAAUAAGGCACCAUAUAAUUGAAAAUAAUUAUU